GUUCAGUAGUCCCACAUCAUCAUAACAAUAGUUGUUUUUCUACAACAGAUACCUUCAGACGAAUAAAAAUUGAAAAUGGGAUUGAUCUUAUUAGUUUAUUUAAUAUUAAAAACAACAACAAUUAUAAACAUACUAGCAAUAACUGUACCAGAACAAAAUGAAUCAAAUAGAGUGGCAAAAUCACUGUUGGAAAAAGUUCUUUAUCCUAAAACUAAAAUCCAAUCCACAGUAAACCACCAUUCUACAGAACUACAUAAUUCAUUUGGUGUUUCUGGAAAUGUUGGAAUCGGAUUUCAUUUUGGAAGCGGAUAUAGGAUAAAAAACGGUGAUGGAAAAGAAGAUCAGGAAAUUGUACACAAUAAAAUUUAUGAUAAAUAUUUGGGUACUAGUUUUGGUUUUGGAUCAUUGGGGAAUAAUAAAAAAGGACAUGUUGAAAACAUUGAACAAUCAAAUACGGCAGACCAAAACACUAUUUAUCACGACGAAGUUAAUUUGGUAGAUCAAGAAUCUGAUAAUGAACUAAUUCCAACUACAACAACAACAGCAAAACCAAAGGCCGGAGUCUUCAGAAAAAUUAGCAACUAUUGGGCAGCUGAACUAUCAGAACCCAAAAGCAGUUAUACCAGCAGUGGUAUUCUUAAAUGGAGUAUGCAAAAAUUAAAAAACAAAAAUAAUGUCGGAACACCAAGAUAAAAAGAAAACUUAACGUGACUAUUUUUGUGU